AAUAGCCAUGACUUUUGCUAAUGGUGAUACUGAAAAUGGGGUGGCGAAAAAGCCGACGAAAAUUAAAUCUGGCACGGCAAAAUACCACCUGCAAACAUUAAAAACUGUAUCAAAUUCACUGGCACACCUGCUGAUAGGCCUUGUGUGUAUUAUAACUCUAUUCUUCACGUUCUUUGAUGGAGUACCGGUUUAUAUGCCAAAUAUACACGUCGCUUUAUCAAUUUUAGGGUAUCAAUUUCUGAUGGCAGAAGGGAUCUUAAGUCUGUGUCCUCACAACGCGUGGUCUGCACAUCUUACCUUAGUCCACAAGAAGCGAAUCCAUUGGAUUCUCCAAAUCAUGGGAUCUACUCUCGCUAUUGCUGGGAGCGCCAUCUACAUUGAAUUCAAAACCGUACAUUGGGAUACUUUACAUGGACAGUUUGGUAAGUGCUAUAUUUAUAUUGGAUUCGUGUUAGCAUUACGCAUCAUAUGAUAUAUGUAGGUAAUU